CUGUCGGCCCACGCAACGAACUUCUCAUCACCUGCAAAUGCCUAUCAGAGAUCGUAAAGCCGUUCUCAACCCGCCUAUAACCCCCGGUCUCAUUAUGGAGACCUCGUCGCAUUUGGCCUUUGGGCCCCGUGCGAUGCCGGGGUCGCACCGGGGCUAGCACCUCUCCCGCCAACAUCUGGAAAGCUUGUUCCUGUCGAAUGUUGCAAUGAUGUGAAUGUCGACAAUGUAGACGUAUGGGCCGUUGCAUAUCACGCUGCUUAAGCGGCCCCGAUCAUCGCCUCGUGUUACCGUGAGAUACGGGGUCUGCUCCCUGGACCCUUGUCCAGCGAUUCUCUUAAAAGAUGCAGCUCCCCGCGCCGUGGUCAUAGAGCUGCUGUUCCUGCUUGGUUGACGAGCGUGCCAAGCCAGUCGUUCUGCGUUCUAGAGAUCCUCGGCUCUCCGUCACCAUGAAGAUCUCACUGGCCUUGCUCAGCUGCCUCGCGGUGGCUCAGGCUCACUUCGCCUUCCAGCCCAUCCAGCCUCCUCUGAGGGCCGAUGAUGAUGAGGAAGGAAUCCUCUCCAAGAGAGAAGCCGGGUUCUUCGAGCAGCUCAUCGACCACAAUGACCCAUCCCUGGGAACCUUCCAGCAGAGAUACUGGUGGAACUCCACGUACUGGCAGGGGCCUGGUUCUCCGGUGGUGUUUUUCACACCCGGGGAAUCAGAGGCUGCCCCGUAUACCGGAUACCUCACGGAUCGGGCUAUCACAGGAGCUAUUGCCAAGGCCAUCGGCGGUGCCGUCGUCAUGGUUGAGCACCGUAACUGGGGAACCUCCCUGCCGUACGCGCUCCAGGAUACCAAGAACCUCCAGCAGCACACCAUGACGAAUGCCGUUCUCGACUUUGCCAGACUCGCCCGCAACGUCCAGCUACCGUUCGACACGAACAGCAGCAGCAACGCCCCCCAAGCUCCCUGGGUGUACACCGGCGGAUCAUACUCUGGUGUCCUGGCCGCAGCCAUAGCGAAGCUCGCUCCCGGAACCUUCUGGGCCUACCACUCCAGCAGCGGUCCCGUUGAAGCGACAUACGACUACUGGGGAUACUUCCUUCCCAUUCAGAACGGCAUGCCCAAGAACUGCAGUCGUGACUUUGAGCGGAUCGUCGACCACGUCGACAACGUCUUGCUCACCGGCAGUGAUAACGAGAUCUACUCACUGAAGAAGAAGUUUGGUCUCCAAGACCUCGCUCACAAAGAAGACUUUGCCUCUGCCCUGAUCGGACCCCUUGGUUACUGGCAGUCUAUCCAGCUGUACUCGGGAUACUCUGCCUUUUACGAAAUGUGCGAUACCAUUCAAGGUGCCAUUGGCAACUUCUCAGCACCCAAUGCGACCUACAGCGCGGAUGGCGUCGGUCUCCCAAAGGCUUUGAACAACUACGCCAACUGGUGGAGCACAAACUACCUCCCGGGAACUUGCGCAUCCUACGGCAUCGAGGAGUGGUCAGACCCCCUGAACGUCGCCUGCUUCGACAGCUUCAACGCCACGAGCCCCAUCUACACCGACUGGAGCGCCGAGAACCCGUUCGGUCGGACGUGGUACUGGAUGACGUGCAACGAGCCCUUCUUCUACUGGCAGACUGGUGCGCCCAAGGAUCGACCCUCCAUCGUCUCGCGCUACGUCACUCCGGAGUACUACCAAGGCCAAUGCGACCUCUUCUUCCCCAAGCAAGGCGAGUCUACCUACGCCUCCAACGAAGGCAAGACAGCGGCGGAUCUGAACAAGGCGACCGACGGCUGGUUCUUCACCAACACCACCCGCUUCAUGUGGUCCAACGGCGAGUUCGACCCCUGGCGCUCUGCCUCCGUGUCCAGCGAGCUCCGUCCCGGCGGCCCGCUCCAGUCCCGCCCUGGUGCUCCGGUCCACCUCAUCCCGGGAUCCCGCCACUGCAACGAUUUGCUCGUCAGGAAUGGCGCUGUCAAUGAGGAUAUGCAGGAGGUUAUUACCGCUGAGGUCGAUCAGAUGAAGGCUUGGGUUGAUACAUUCUACGCCUCCAAGGGCAAGUACAGACGCCGUUCUGCACGGCCUCUGUGAGGAGGGCCAUCUGGCUUUGGGGUGCACCCAGGGAAAACUUUGCAUCUCCUUGAUGGUGUGAGAUUUUUGAGUAGAGAGUAGUACAAGAUCUAAUUGAGUACAAGCU